ACAGUUCAGGUUGUUGGUUCUGCUGAGCCCAUUGUGGCCUUAGUUGGCGACGACGUCAUCCUGCCUUGCACCCUGAGACCCACCUUUAGCGCUGUGUAUCAGACAGUAGAAUGGCAGAGACCUGACCUAAAACCAAAAGAGGUGCAUCUUUACAGAGAUGAGAAGGACGAUCUUGCGCUCCAGAAUCCAUCAUUCGGGGGAAGGACGUCACUGUUUAAAGAAGAACUAGAGGAAGGCAACGCUAGUUUAAAGCUGAUCAGAGUGGAACUCUCUGAUGCUGGAAACUACACCUGUUACGUUCCACUGUUGGACCACCAGAAAACCACCAUUCAACUCAUUGUUGGUGAGUCAACACACCUGCUGACCACCCAAUCCCCCUUAAGAGACAGAUCACAUGAAAUCAAGGGUGAGUUCAAUGUCAAGUCCAUUGCCUGAUGAGUAUUAGUUAGAUUGGUUAGCCUACAUACUAACCUUAAUAGUGUGAUUACCCCAGCUAAUUCAAUGUACAAUGCUGUGAGUCAUUGGAAGUUACUUUUUGAAUUUUAAGGUCCAUAAGUAUCAGCAAACCCUUGUUAUAUUUAAGCAAUAAGUCACGAGGGGGUGUGUCAUAUGGCCAAUAUACCACGGCUAAGGUCUGUUCUUAUGUACAACGCAACCUGGAUAUAGCCAUUAGCCGUGGUAUAUUGACCACAUACCACAAACCCUGAGUUGCCUUAUUGCUAUUAUAAACUGGUUACCGACGUAAUUAUUUUAUUGUCAUACCCGUGGUAUAUGUGGUAUAACAUUAUAAACAAGGUGGUUUGAGCCCUGAAUGCUGAUUGGCUGAGAGCUGUGGUAUAUCUCUGUAUCUCUAUAGGUGCAGCGUCUCGACCAGUAAUCACCAUUGAAGGAAUCAAAGGUGAUGAGGUGGUCCUGCGCUGUGAGGCUGAAGGCUGCUACCCAGAGCCUGUCAUGGAGUGGUGUGACGUUCAUGGACGUGUCCUCCCUGCUGCUGGACCUCCAGAGACAUCCAGAGACCGUGAAGGCUGCUACACUGUGACAAGCCAUGUCAACGCCCCGAAAACGGACAACAACACGUUCACCUGUCGGGUUCAACAGCCGGAGAUCAAACACAUGAAGGAGAGACGGGUUCAUAUUCCAGGUGAGGGUCUGUUUUGGAUAUUUGAAAGAAGGCACUAUCGGUAAAAAAUGUCCUGUUGUUUAAGUCAUUUCAUGUGUAAUACGCAUUAGGUAUUGUAAUAAUUCUACAUCCUGUGUUUCAGAUCAAAUGUUUCCUAAGCAGUGCCAGUCCUUGUGGCUGACAGUUCUUGUUGCAGUUGGAGUCACAGCUCUUGUUGGAGUUGCAGCUGGAGCUGGAGGUCUCUACCUGUUGAUAAGAAAAGGGAUAUUGACCAUCAGCAUGGUAAGUCAUGGGAGUUACUUCCUGGUGUGGUAGUGUUAUCUGGUGGAGGUCUAAUUGCGCUAUAUAAAACAACCUAAAGAGAGAGGUAAUUCAUGUCUGUCUACAUCAGUGGUCACCAACCGGUCGAUCGCGAUUGACUGCUCCAUCUCCAAGACAUUCCUAGUCGAUCACCAAACAUUUCUGUAAAAAACCCAACGAUAAAGCCUUGUGUUCCUAUUUAUUUUUAUUUUUUGGUGCUGUUUGCAGUAGGUCCACUUGAUUCAGCAGCCCUGGUGCCGGGAAGGAAAAGCGUUCCCAUUUCAUGUGAACAUACAACAUCAUAGAACUCUGCCUACCCGGCAGGUCCAGAGAGCAAAUCAAGUGCUCCUAUAGGCCGACCACUGGCCAAUCAGAUAGCUCAGAUCACUGUGUCUGCACAGUUUCUUCGAGCCAUUGGCUGUAAAACAAAGCCUCUAACGCACAGCAAAGUUGAUGCUGUGAGAUUUCAGAAACGUUUAAAACCAUGACUAGAGAGAGACUCAACGAAUACAGCAAAGUUGAUAUUGUGAGAUUUCAAAACGUUUAAAACCAAGACUAGAGAGAGACUCAACGAAUACAGCAAAGUUGAUGCUGUGAGAUUUCAAAAACGUUUAAGUUCAUGUUUGUUGUUAUUCAGCACUGUCAACACUUAGUGUGACUUGAGUUUUGCCAUCAGCUGGACGACUGUCCUUUUCUCAGCAGAGGGAAGGAGGGUGGAGGGACAGUGAGUCGGGUGAGAGGCAGCCUCACCACUGCUCCCUCCCUCCCCUCAGACUGACCAUCAGAUACAGGUCAUCAGUCAGCCUCACCACUGCUCUCUCCCUCCCCUCAGACUGACCAUCAGAUGCAGGUCAUCAGUCAGCCUCACCACUGCUCUCUCCCUCCCCUCAGACUGACCAUCAGAUGCAGGUCAUCAGUUCAGUAAAAAAAAAAAAAAAAAGCUAAUUAUUAUUCUCACUUAGCUGUGCCUCACAAAUAAUACAACACAUGAUCUAUUACCAGUGUGAUCAUAUACCACAUUUUAUAAAAUAUAAUUUCUAAGUGGUCUGAGAAGAACAAGAUUGGCAGGGAAAUCCAAGCAUAGCCAAUAUGCAGUGAUAAUGUAUUGGACUUCUAGCCUACUGUACAAACCUCAUUGCUACAGAACAGUUUUUAAUUGGUUAAUGUUGCUUAUGUUUUUUCAGUCAUGUUUAAAAGAGAAUCUGAGGGGUAGAUCUCGGCCUGAUUUUUCACUCAAAGUGAUCUUGACUCAGAAAAGGUUGGUGACCACUGGUCUACAUGGUCAAGAGGUUGAACAGAGGACUUGACUACAUAGUAGAUUUCACCAGUCCAGGGAUGUGAAACACAGACUUAGUUGACUGUGUUCAUGUGAUGUGUUAGACGGUUCUGUUCUAGUCCUGUCUCUCAUCCAUUUAAACAGGAACCUUGGACGUCAGUAAUGCAGAACCCUUAAUGAAGAAGAACAAGGAGACGACGAAGAAUGAGGAAGAUGAGGCCAGUGAACCCAGUCUGUCAAAGGUUUAAAAGAUUGUAAAAGAUGUGAAAUGAUCUAAUUUAUAAUAAUAGUAUUAUAUGCCAUUUAGCAGACAUG